AUGGCACUUGCUGGGUCUCGGGUUGCCAUGGCCAUGCUGCUGGGAACUGUGGCCGUCAGGGGUUCUCGAGAGUGUCCUUCUGAGGCCCCAUGCUUUUGGUGGUAUGAAGGCCCCCAGUCCUUGGACAAGUUCGACCUUUGGGCGUCGGCGAAGUACGGGAACAUGCUUGCUUACGGUGGCAUGGUUGCUUGCCACUGGGACGCAACUAACCGGUGCUGCAGGCAAGAUGGAGUUCCAAGCCCACCCUUUGCACUUUCGGAUGGAGAAGGCUUUGCAACCUGCCACAAUGACAUCAUCUAUCGUGACGACGGCAGCUUCAAGUACUGUGGGGAUAGUGACUUUUCUUCCGCGGUGCUGCCAGUCAGCUGUGGCACAAGGACCACCGAAACAACUUCCACCACGACGACGGUUCUAGCAGACUGGCUGCCAGUGACUGUAUGGGAGAAUCAAGCCUGCAGCGGGUCCAAUGAUGACUUUCUGGUCAGUGUUGCUCCUGGACUGGAGGCCUGCAAAGCGCGGUGCGUUGCCAUGUCGCCCUUCUGCAAGGGUGUUGAAUACACCUCGGCCACCAAACGAUGUGAGCUCUGGACGCCACAUGAAGGCAUCCAAAGAACCUAUGGUGCAGCAGGCACCGUUUGCCUCAAGUACACCCUUGCACCCGUCUUCUCGCCCUUGGAAGGAGGGAUCGACCGCGCAUGCCGAGGGGCAACGCCGACGGACAAUCCGCCUGAGAACUACAUUGUUGUUGAGGCGUCCUCGUUGCAAGAGUGCCAGGAGACAUGUGCCAAGUGGCAGGGGUGCAAAGGUGUGGAGUACAACUUCUACACGCGAUGUGAGAUUUGGACACGUGCCCAAGGCAUCCAGGCUGUCCAGUAUGUUCCAGGCCACACAUGCAUGAACUACACGGAUGGAGGUUGGACGCAGUCUGGCAUGAAGUCCUUUCAGCCUCCUCUCUAUCCAUGA